ACGUGGUCACGUGACCGAGCCGGAAGUGGGGGUCGAAGGUCAACUCAGCAGCAGCAAUGGAUCCUGCACAGAAGAUGGAUCAUCUUCUGGCGCUCAAAGUGAUGCGCCUCACCCGGCCAUCUCUGCACAUCGCCCUUCCCGUUUCUUGCGAGGAGAGGGACCUAGCAGGGGGGCUGUUGGGACAGUGUCCCCCCGACCGUGCAGCGUUUGUAAGUGGGGGGGACUGCACGGUGCUGGGGGACAUGCUGACUCUCCCACAGAACUUUGGCAACAUCUUCCUGGGAGAGACGUUCUCCAGCUACAUCAGCGUGCACAACGACAGCAGCCAGCUGGUGCGCGACGUCUCCAUCAAGGCCGACCUGCAGACGAGCAGCCAGAGGCUGAACCUGUCGGGGGGCUCGACGCCCCCUGCCGCCGAGUUGCACCCGGACAGCUGCAUCGAUGACGUCAUCCACCACGAGGUCAAGGAGCUGGGAACUCACAUCCUCGUGUGCGCCGUCAGCUACGCCACGCAGAGCGCGGAGAAGCUCUACUUCCGAAAGUUUUUCAAAUUCCAGGUGUUGAAGCCUCUCGAAGUCAAGACAAAGUUCUACAACGCGGAGGACGAACUCAGUGCAGUGUGCGAGGAGGUCUUCCUGGAGGCCCAGAUCCAGAACAUCACGUCGUCACCCAUGUGCGUGGAGCGCGUGUGGCUGGAGCCGUCUCCGCUGUACGCCGUCGCGCCCCUCAACGCUGUCGUGGACACCGACCCCGCGUCGCGGCUCUCGGAGGGGCGCUACCUGGGCCCCGGCGAGACGCGGCAGUUCCUGUACCGGCUGCGCGCGCGCCCCGACGUGGCGGAGAAGGCGGGCGCCGGGGGCCUGCGCGGGGUCACCCACAUCGGCAAGAUGGACAUCGUGUGGCGAACCAACCUGGGAGAACGAGGGAGGCUGCAGACCAGCCAGCUGCAGCGCGUGGCCCCGGGCUACGGGGACGUGCGCUUAGAGAUCGAGACGAUCCCUGACAUGGCCCACCUGGAGGAGCCCUUCACGGUGGCCUUCAAAAUUACCAACUGCAGCGAGCGCACCAUGGACCUCCGUCUGGAGCUACGAAGCUCGGACGCGCUCUGCUGGUGCGGCCUCCUCGCCAGGGACCUGGGCCGCCUGCCCAGCGCCUCGUCCCGCCAAGCGGCGCUCAUGCUGCUGCCAGCCAUGCCCGGCCUGCAGAGCGUGUCUGGAAUCCGGCUGACGGACACGUUCCUCAAGAGGACCUAUGAGUUCGACGACGUAGCCCAGGUGCUGGUGCUGUCGGAGGAGGACGAGGAGGAGGAGGUGGCGGAGGAGGUGGCGUUGGCGUUGUAGACGGGGAGACGGAGGAGAGGAGGUGGAGGUGGCCGCGUUGCAAACAGGGGACGGAAGAGAGGAGGAGGAGAGGAGGAGAAGAGGUGGCGGAGGAGGAGGCGGCGGCAUCGUCGAUGGGGGACGGAGGAGGAGGAGAUGGUGGCGGAGGAGGUGGCGACAUUGUAGAUGGGAGUUGGGGGCGGAGUGGAGGAGGAUGAGGAGGUGGUGGCGUCGUAGACGGGGGACGGAGGAGGAGAGGAGGAGGAUGAGGAGAAGGGGGGGCCGCCCCGCCCCUCCCACCUUCCCCCCACGCCUCCACCCAACCCCAUUCUAUCUCACCCUGACCCCCCUCGUUCCUGGGGGGGGGGGGGGGGGUCAGGAACGUCCGCGGCGUUCGCCAGGCCUCUGCGACCAUCGUCCUCGUCGUCGAUGAUCUUCAAAUCGAUCACCUCCCCCCACUCCCCCUUGAGAGAAACUUGGCAACAAACUUUUCCUUCGCUGGCGUCGUCCGGGGCCCUCAGGCGGCGUGGGCGACGACUGAACCAAAACAAUACGUUUUUAGUUGUUCAUUUUUUGACCAGCUAAGGAAAGAGGGCCCUCUGCCCCCCCCCUCCCCCCUCUGAGCUGUGUGUGUAGUUUUUUUUUCUUCCCAGAAACGACCUGCCCAUCGGAAACGAUAGCUCAACGAAGUGGGCUUAUCGUCGUCGUGUGGAAAUUUAGAGCGGCGGCCAAAUGACUCUCUGAGCACGCGUGACGUCGAUUCUAAAUGCGGGGGCAGGGAGAAAGAAAAAAGAAAGAAAACCCGAGGACCCGGAGAAGAUAAAUCCACGCGACCACGGGGAGAGAGAGAGACACGCAACCUCCAAAUAUACAGCAGGCGUCGUCAGGGUCGGGAUCGAAGCCACGACCUCCUGCAUACCUGGCGAGGUAGUUAACAUCUAGCCACGAUGAUGAUGAGAGAGAGAGAGACACGCAAACUCCAAAUAUACAGCAGGCGUCGUCAGGGUCGGGAUCGAAGCCACGACCUCCUGCAUACCUGGCGAGGUGGUUAACAUCUCCGAGCCACCGUGGCGCCCCACUUGACAAGUAGCUGACAGUGACGGUGAGCGCGAGGGGAGAGAGAUGCACUCCCCGGGAUCGCCAUCACCCGACCUGAAAUCAAUCUCUACGGUUGUCGGUGGCCAUUGUGAAUCGUGUCUGGCAUUCCUUCCAGUGGCGCGUGCGGUGUUGGUGCGCGGUGACAGCGAUUAUCUGAACCGAUCCUGGGCCCUCCCCUAGGUCGACUCGGCCUCAAAUGAGUACCUCGGUGUGACGUGUAAACAUCGCCACUAGGGGGAGACAAAGGCGGUCUGUCGCGCGUGGUUUUCCUGGCCACCCUCACCUCCCUCCUCGUGUGCCGUGCCGGCCUUCAUAGGUGCUGCUCGCUAACAGCACUUGCCCCCAACAGUCUGUUGCAGGCUAUACGGGGGAAUGUUUGUCUCUUUGUGCCCUCGGGGACGAGAGAAACCCCAAACCCUUGCAGGGCUUUGAUGUGGCCAGGAGGUGGUCGGCAGUGCUGGCGAGAGUUUUGUAAGGGGGUGCUGCACUGACCCAUUGUCGUAUAUAUUGAUUUGUGUUUUCCAUAAUAGUGGGUUUUUUGGGGGUUUGUGUUAAUAUAAAUGUGAUGGUGAUGAUGACGACAACGACGAUGCCCACGACGAUGACGAUGAUGAUGACGAUGACGACGAUGAUCACGACGACGACAGCAAAUUCGUAACGGGGUUUGUCACGUAAAAAAAACUCGUUAGUAAAUCCCACAUUUACAGAAGCCUUCUAUUAUGGAUAAUAUUUGUGUUAAAAUUGGGUUUGUUUUGUGUGUUAUCCCUUGCUGUAUGCAUCGGUUCUUGGUUUUGCAUGGGCACUGCUGAAGCUACUUGUAAUUACUGGCAAACGUCAGACUCAGAUUGUAAAUGUUGUGGCUUGGCUCUCCAACACACCGGUGUGCUGUACGAGUGGCGAAUUGGCCACAUUCUGUUUACGUGACAACCCUUACUGGUUGGCUGUGUCGGGUGGUGGCGGGUUUUAGCGACAUUUCUAUAUAUGUACGCGAUGUAACACAAAAACCUCUAUCACGCUGAUUUCUACUCGCCUGUACUGUGCACGCACGCACCCACCCACCCACCCACGCACAAUAAAAAAAUAUAUACUCACCGAAGACUUGGCCAAAGCUUGCCAAUAAAGAAUCUCACGAGUUUAAUCGAUUACA